AUGAAAUUGUUACAUCAACAUAAAACUCAUACCGGAGGGAUCCAACUAAAGUUAUAUUUAGAAACUCAUGACGAUCUGUGGUUUCUAUACAACAUAGCAUUCAAAGGGGACUUGAUCGAGGGAUUUACCUCAAGGAAAAUAAAAACAGAAAAUUGCAACUCAAUUUGUGUAAAGCAGGAGAUUAAGAAGUUCACAAUCCGGCUUUGUAUAGAGUUUGUACAAUACACGACCUCGUACGAUGACAUUCACGUUACCGGGACUAACGUUCUCGAAAAUCCAUACGUAAAGAUCGGCCAAUACCACACUCUUGAUGUUCAACCUAACUCAACAAUAACACUUUUCAAGGAUGAAUGGAAUAAGUUAUGCGAAGAUAAGCUCGCACAUGUACUCAACGUUUCAAUGAACGCGGAACAAGCUUUUCUGGUCAUUGAUAACGGGUGUGCUUCAUUCUUUCUCCUUUCACAGUACAUGACUAAAGAAGUCUUUAAACUCAACCACAACAUACCGAUCAGAAAAACAACAUCACACAGAAGUUCAAACUCCUCAAAGUCCUCUGAGUCAUUUUAUAAGAUGAUUUUGGAUAAAAUCGACUCGGAACUAGAUUUUAAGGUGCUGAGGAUGGUUGUGAUAACAGGCCCGGGGAUCUUUAAGGACCUGUUCUUCGAGUACAUGAAGGCCAACUCCCUAAAUCUAAAUCACGCGAACAUUCACAAGAACCUCAGUAGGUUCAUCUUGUGCAACUCUUCAUUUUCCGACAAAAACGCAAUCAACGAAGUGCUGAGCAACCCUCUGCUAUCGUCGAAACUCAACUACGUUUUCUAUCACGACCACAAUAAGGUGCUGGAUGAACUGAAGACCAGACUUGAGAUGAACGACGAUAGGGUGUGUUUCGGGUUCGAGGACAUCUACAACGCCGUGAACAUGGGCGCCGUGGAGAGCGUUCUCGUUAGCGACAACGUGAUUCGAGAGGCUUCGUCCACGACGAGGAGGAAGAUCCACGAGCUCUUGGAGGAGGUGAAGCACUUCGGGGGAGGCGUCUACUACUUCUCUGACAAUCACUGCUCCACUGAGUACAUAAAAAAUCUGACUGGACUCGUGGCUCUGCUGAGAUUUCUAGUAGAACCGAUUAUAUUAAAAUAUCAUGGAUUAUUAUUUCUGGUGAUUGCAUCGUUUACCAUGUCUGAGAUGUCUUCGUUGUUGAUUGAGUUUCGCUCGCACAGACCCUCCAGGGAUGAUGAAAAGUUGCUAUAA